UUACGACAAAGACGCUUUGUAAAAUAAUAAAGAAUUGUUAGUUCGAGGGGUUUGCUGAUAAAUAAAGUGUUUAAAAUACUCCUGUAUUUUAAUAGAUACUAUUUUUUCAAAAUUAUUCAAAUACAAGUUACGAGCGAACUGUAAUCCCAACUUUAAAAAAGGAGACAGCAGUCAUGUCAAAAGGAUCUGGAAACCCUUACAAAAUAGUGGAUCAUCUGAGAGAACGCAGGAAAGGAAUCACUGCUUCUUCGUUGGAGGAAUUAACCAACGUGGCUAGAACUCGUCUUGCUUUUCCGGAUGGACAACUUACUAUUGUUCUCGAACAAGAUGGUACUGAAGUCGACGAUGAAGAAUACUUUGCAACACUUGAAAGAAAUACAAAUUUAAUGGUCCUACACGGAGAUCAAAAGUGGAUGGCGGUUGGUGGAAAACCAGCUUCGCGUUACAUUGUCGUAGAUGAUGUUGACAACGCUGAAGGUUCAAGAAGACAUCGAUCGCCAUUAGAACCUUUAGUAUCAUCCCUUCAUGGGGAUCCAUCUCACAUUUCUCUACUUGGUGGACACGAUCUCGAGCUCCUCAGUGACAUGGAUCCAGACAGUCUAGCUGAUAUCAUUCCUGACAAGUUGUUCCUCGAGCAACUGAAAGAAGCUUCGGGGAGGUUUUUGGUGGAGAAGAGGCAAGCCCAGGAGUCGAUGGCUCUUCUUCAAAUGUACACAACUAGCGGCGAAAUGGAACGAGCGUAGGCCAUGUGGGGGGUGGGCGCCCUCACCAUAGCCAAUAUGUAUCGUGAAAGACGUCGAAUAUUUUACAAAGGUCGUCAAAUGCACCAAACUUUGAUCCUCUUUUGGAAUUGAGCCCACUUCAUAAUUAUUCUACCCCAAAAACAACAGAAAUCUCACAAUCAAUGAAACUGAUCCAAAAAAA